AUGAACGGGCAGAUGAACGGUUUCCAUAACUCCCUCAUUGACGAGGACUGCUUCUUGUUCACCUCGGAGUCGGUCGGGGAAGGACAUCCCGACAAGAUUUGUGAUCAGAUCAGUGAUGCAGUUCUAGACGCCCAUCUCAAGCAGGAUCCGGAUGCCAAAGUUGCUUGCGAGACUGUUGCCAAGACUGGGAUGAUCCUGUUGGCUGGUGAGGUGACAUCACAUGCCACAGUGGACUACCAGAAAAUUGUGCGCGACACCAUUCGGCAAAUUGGAUAUGACGACUCCUGCAAAGGCUUUGACUAUAAGACCUGCAAUGUUCUUGUGGCCUUGGAGCAGCAAUCUCCUGACAUCGCUCAGGGUGUUCACAUUGACCGCAAUGAGGAGGACAUUGGCGCAGGUGACCAGGGCUUGAUGUUUGGAUAUGCCACAGAUGAGACAGAGGAGUGUAUGCCUCUCACAAUUGUCCUUGCCCACAAGUUGAAUGCCAAGAUGGCGGAGUUGCGCCGCAACGGCACACUUCCAUGGCUCCGGCCAGAUUCAAAGACACAGGUUACUGUUCAGUACCGCCAGGACCGUGGCGCCAUGCUUCCAGUGCGUGUGCACACUAUUGUGGUCUCUGUUCAGCACGAUGAGGAUAUUUGCCUGGAGGAGAUGAGGGACGCCCUGAAGGAGAAAGUUGUCAAGGCUGUUGUUCCCUGCAUCUACUUGGAUGAUGACACCAUCUACCACCUGCAGCCCAGCGGGCGAUUUGUUAUUGGAGGCCCACAGGGUGAUGCUGGCCUGACGGGGCGUAAAAUCAUUGUUGACACUUAUGGAGGCUGGGGAGCCCAUGGUGGUGGUGCCUUCUCUGGGAAGGAUUACACUAAGGUGGACCGCUCUGCUGCUUACGCUGCACGCUGGGUGGCCAAAUCUCUGGUGAAGGCUGAGCUCUGCAGGAGAGUGUUGGUCCAGGUGGCCUAUGCUAUUGGAGUUGCCCAUCCCCUCUCCAUUUCAAUCUUCCACUAUGGGACCUCCCACAAGAGUGAGAGAGAGCUGCUUGACAUUGUGAAGAGGAACUUUGAUCUCCGUCCAGGAGUUAUUGUCAGGGAGCUGGAUCUGAAGAAGCCAUUGUAUCAGAGGACCGCAGCCUAUGGCCACUUUGGCCGAGACUCCUUCCCAUGGGAGGUGCCCAAAAAACUCAAAUACUAAACUUGUUAAGCUUUUCCCCCCCAGGCUUGUUGGUGUAUACUACAGAGAAGCCUCCAAGGUCCCGGGGGUGAAAUGCCCCAAUAUCUCCCAUAAUGGUAUCAUUUAACACAUGACUCCCUUCCUCACUCCACCUCCCUCCUUAUCUUGUUACUGUUUCACACUCGGUCAUAGGGGGCAUGCCUCAUACUUGAUGUUUAAAGAAAUGGAUGAGUUCCACGAACUCAUGCACCAUUGUACUUCAUGUUCUCUCACAUCUUGGGAUUCCCCUGCUUCUCGUUGUGCUAUACCUUGAAUAGCUGCGUUCAGUAGUUGUCCUUUAGCAUUCCACACUUGUCGAUUAUCGUCUGCCUUUUCAGUGUAAUAGCGGUAGCAUAUUAGGCUAUAUGCGAUACCCCUCUUAAUUUACUGGUGCUACUGAUGCAAGGAGUCUGUGCAACAUCAAACAUUUUCAAGUCCAUUUAGAAGCAUAAUUUGAUCGUUAAAGGAUCCUCUGAUCUGGCGCCUUCCUAAACAAGUGUAGCCUUUGUCGCAACAUUCCUCCUCUGUCAAUCUGGUACAACUAUUCCCCGACCCAGUGUCCUCUUAUCAUCUUAAUUUGUGGUUGGCUUUUUGUUUUUGUUUUUUUAGCUUUAUUCCCAUGUCUUUGUGGAGGAUGCUAGAAUGGCAAGAUUAAAAUUCAGAUAGCUGUUUUCAUAAAAAUGCUAUGCAUUUCAGGCUAAGGGGCAAGCCAAAUCCUAAUUAUUCAUGCUCUCAAAUGAGCAUAAAGCCUCAGAUGCCCCUACAGACCUUUGCUGUUUUCUGACGUAAUACAGAAAAGUCAGAAGCUGCUAUGUCACUGCUCUGGUCUGCAGAGGUAUCAGUUAUACUUGAUAGCGAUGGUAAAAUUGGAUUGUUAUGCAUCAAAUUCAAUUCUAAAUGUAGUUUUACUCGCUUUUUUUAUGGUUUGAAGUGACUAAAGGCCAUUUUACUCCUUUAAGUAUAUUGAUUGCAGGUGUAGCUACAGAGAAACCUGGUUCCCAUCUUUAUUCUCAAAGGAGUAUGGUUGUUGCCACGGUCUUAUUGGCUAAGACUCAAACCUCAACACUAUUUAUUUGUUCUCUGAAACUCAGCGUGGAUACAGAGAAGCUGAGGUUUCAGGAGGCAGCUUUAAACACCUGGUUAUUGAAUCUUGAAUUCCUUUUUUGACUUGAGCAUUUUUCAGUAUUUGGCUUGAGGCUCCAGAGUGUUGUACAGAAAAGCUUUGGUCUGUCUCAGCUGGCUACUGUUAAUAACUACAACCUUCUUUUUAAAUUUUGGGACUGGUUCUUAUUUUUAGUUCAUUUUUAAAAAAACUCAUUACAAUGCCUGGUGCAUUCGUUGGCUCUGACUUAUCCCCAUUAUGGAAUGGCAAUAUUUGGUUGGUGUAGUACAGAGAAACCGACCUCGUUUACAUGGCCAUUCCAUGUGUGGGAUAGUUCUCAUCCCGUUGGCUACAGUAAGUGUGUAAGAGUGCCUUUUCUAUUUCCUCUAUGCCCCCAUAUGCUUUUCUCCCCUCCUGCACACAUGCGUGAAACUUUCAGAGGAACAAGUUGCUCAUACUGUGUCAUGUUUCAUGUCUAGACUGGGUGGUUUCCUUAUGCUCUGUAAUAAACGACUACUCCUUUCAAA